GCUCCAGCCGUCCCAAUCGAGCAGCACCAGCUGUGCAUCCAGAAACCGACCACGCUCAGGACCAGGGCUAUGGGCGUCCUCACCGCUCGCGGAAAGACGCUCCUCAAAGCUCGCCAGUGCCGCGUGGUGCUUCUGUCGGCGGAGGGGGCUGGGGCCCACUCCGCAGCGGCGGUGCGCGGCGGCGACCUGGUCGCCGCGGGCUCGCUUCGGUGCCAUCUGCCCUUGGAGGGCGCCUCCGCCGAGCUCCCCACGCUGACGGUCAAGGGCAGCGGGCACUUCUCCCUCCAGUGCACCGCCGCCACCGUGCUCACGGUGGAGGCCGGCAGGCCGCGCGGGCGAGGUGAGCUCUGCACGUGCAUGGGGAGGCGCCCGGCCUGCCUCCGGGGAUGCCCCCGGGUUCUCUCCUGGGCUUCGACGGGUCCGCGCUGGAGAGCUCGGGCCGAACGAAAGGGGG